GCGUUUUUUUAAUAGCAACAUUUAGAAAUCUACUUGAUCUAUUUUAGGCCCAUUGUUUUUCAUACCUAUAAUUAUUAGUUUUAUUCUUAAUUUUAUACCAAUGAUAUUCAAUAUGGUAAAGAAAGUCGGCUUUCUCCAAAAAAUAUUAGAGCGGCGCCAAUAAUUUACUCCUGUCCUUCGGGAUGAUUUGGAACAUCUCGGGCUUUUACAAUAGCCGAGAACCAAAAUGCGUCAGGAAACCAGAACAUGGCAACUUGCAAAUAUCAAUAAUGAAUACGAUGUUUCAGUGUAUUUGAUGAUUACUUUUCCGUAGAUAAAGAAAUGAUGGUCAAUUACAAAUAAAGUCAUGGCAAGAACAAAGCAAACAGCACGGAAGAGUACCGGUGGUCCUGGUGGCCCCCCAGUUCCCCCACCUCCCCCACCACCACCCCCUGCCUCUCCUCCACUUGAAUUGACGAGCACAAAAAUGACAUCAAAGAAAGCUAAAGGUAUCAUUGAGGAAAAACAAUAUGCUGAUGAUUCAUUAUUACCUGGUCCAAGAAAUAUUAAUACACUCAGUAAUAUUCUAUCACCGUCAGUUCUACUGAGACAAAAAGAAAGUCUGAAAAAUUACGGCACUGAAGAAGCUGAACUAACCCGAGAGGGUCUUCUAGAAGGAGCUGGCAGCUCACGUCGUUCUCUACCUCUUAUAUCAACACUCGAUUAUAUGCGAACUGAAAGUGAACAAGCUGCAGCAGUUACAGUGUUGAACUUCAGUGGUGCCGAUCAACUAACCGAUAUGUUCUGGUAUAUGGUUUUACAGAAAAAGAUAAAUAUGCCAAAACUUCAACGCAUCUCUCUAAGUGUACAAAGAUAUUUAGUUGAACUUUGUGGAUUGAAAAAAUUGACAGAAGAAUCAUUACUGAAUAUUAUCUCAAAGUGGCAGAAAACCUUGGUUCAGGUGAAUUUAUCGGGAACCAGUGUUGGAUUGAUACCACAUGGGUACCAGGGCAGUAUUAAGAUUAAUGGCUGCCCAUUGGUCUCCCCAACAGAGACGUUAUACCAGGCUAAAAGUAAGACAAUGGCUGAGAAGAUGGAUAGACAGGUAGAGGAAUGGAGUUGCUAUAAGGUUGUCAUAGUAACAGAUGACACUGUACCGUGGAGCCCUCUAGCACUUUUUACCGGCGAGAAAGACAUGAAAUCCAGCAAAAAGUUACAGAUUAAAAGUAAUGUCAGUAUUGGCAAAUCCACUGUGGUCAAUAUGUUUGAGGUUCCAGUGGACUCGGGGUUUGUGGACAUGUUUGUGACUAAAGGAAGUAUUGUAAUCAUACCAUAUCUACUGGCCGAGGAUGGCCCCGACCCAGACUAUCCUGACGAAAUCAGUAAAAAUAUCAUCAGAAUCUUUACAAAGAAUGAGAAUGAAAUUAAUCAUGUUACUAUGCAGAUUAAUUUUAAGUUCUCCAAAGAAUAA